AUGUAUACCAAGGCCACGUCAAAUCAUAGUGACAGAGCGGAGACCGACUCCCUAGCAGUACUCUCGAAUGUCGUCCUCCAGGAAUUGCGAGUUGUCAGCAAGGGCCGUUAGCAACGCAUAUGAUUGACGGCACGGCUCGAUUGUUUGGAGUCGAUGCUCGAGAAACCAUUAUUUCCUUGGAAUCAUCAUCGACGCCCGCGCUCACUCUAGCAUCACAGAAAUCACUCAAAUCAGUCGCAUACCUCGGGGAGCGUGUCUUUGACCGGAGCCAGCAGGCUGAGGCAAGGUUCCGUUUUCUUCGGCGCCGCAACGAAGUACGGGACGCUUCUGUGUCCUAG